AUGCGAUGCAGCAUAAUGCUCGAAGGCAACGGACUUUGUCCUCAAGAGCUCGAAGGGCAUCCGCCCACGCCAGCCGCUACAAAAUUUAACGCAACGACGCCUGCACCUACUCCGGCUGCCACUAAGUCGAAACCGAAUGCCAACUCACCACCCACUACAUCUGUCACACAGAGUAAUAAGACAGAGACACUCAAUUCAACACAGACGUCAGCGUCAAACGAAAGCUCUACAUAUACUGGGAAAGAUGACAUUGUAUUUACGGUAACGCCAGCUCCAAUAAACGUAGGUGACAAUGAAUCAUCGAAUGGUACAGCAGAUGUUCAAGUGUUAGGACCUAGACUUUCAAAUACAGCGGAUGGUGAUGAAGACCAGACAACUUCAGGAAAACCAGCUACAGUAUCAUUUGCUGCAACUGCCUCUGACAUUGGAGGUCUAAGCAACGAGUUGAUGGGCUUAUUAGCAGCGGUAGUAGCCUUUGUCGCUGUUGUAGUAGCAGCAGCUGCACUUGUUUAUAUUCGGAGUAGGCUUGUGAGAGAAGAUGUAAAAGAGGGAGAAGAAGAAGAUCUCGUUGUGGACGAAAGUGCUGAGAAGGAUGAAGAAUUAGACGAGAAUGCCAACAGCAAUGCUGAGCCACCAACGCCUGUUAUCGUCCCGUCAACACCAGCUGCUGUGACAGGACAAAUAGCAGUGACACCAAUUGCUGCAAGUACCUCAACAAAGUUGACAACGCCAGUGCCAAAGGUAGCGCCUGUUAGUGUGGCCAUGGCUUCAGUUGAAGUGACAUCAAAUGCUGAUUCGUCUGAGAUUGAAGGUCAUGACCAUCAAGGUGCAGAUAAUGACUCACAAUAG